AUGCCUCUUUCCUCAGCAGCUCGUCAGCGGUUAAUCCGCCUUGCCCAAGUUCUUGUCGGAGGUCCGGCUGUAACAUUCGGGGGUCUAGCCUUAUGGACUCGGAAAUGCGCAUUCGAGCCUUUCGGACCAGGCACUGAUGCAUUGUUCAGACAUCCCAUAUUGAAGGAUCUAAAUCCCCGGAAUAAUCCCAGCACUCACGACUCUUGUGUCCGAAAAGUGCCGUUUGAGGAGCUGAGGCCGGAGCUGUUGGAGGAUGCGAGAAACGGCGGGAGUGCUUUGGUGGAGGAGUUUUCACGGGGGAUGUGGGCGGGAUAUGGAUAUGGGAUUCAGAGGAGGAUAAUGGGAUUGACCAAGAGUCCUGAGAACCGUACCGAUUUGUGGACUCCAGAAGAGCUUGGCCGAAGCACAUAUGAACCUGAAACGGUUCUGACAAACCACUUUCUUGUCCUCGAUAAAUCAGCAACGUCAAUAACAUUUCGUGGCUGCCCUGCUCCCAAGGAAUCUCCCUUUAAACCACGCGACCUGGAUAACUUGUUCUCUUUGACGGCAGAAUUGAACGAGAAGCGUAAACAGGCUGAGUUUAGACUCAAAGCCAUAACUUUUGACGCGGUGACAACGACGCCAAAGGAAGAUCCGUUUGGUGGCGUGCCGGGUGCGUUGCAUCGGAUUUAUGCGAAGCUGCUCGUUGAGGCGGCUGUGGGAUGGUGUGUCAGGUAG